GACAACCCUUCGGCAGGCCAGGCAAAUGAAUAUCCCGACUCCCGCACAGCCAGUCAUUUCGGCUUCCAGGCUCGGCUUUUCGCGGCGCUGGCUGGCUCGCGUAUCUUGCUGGCCUCGCCGUGCGUAAUCGCCUCUCACCUCGCCUCUCGCGUCUUGACUCCUGCGUCUUCACACUCGAACCAGGGCAAUGGGGAGGCUAGCCCAAACCCUGGACUCGCUGCGUCUGCAGGACGGACAACCCGACGUUGAAGCUCGAAGCAGAGAAUUGGACAGCUUGUUGCGGCACCUGACUUCUUCUGAGAUUCGCCGUCUGAAAAUCGAGCUAAACACCUCCUCGAACGACAUAUGCUUGGAGCUCCCACUAGAGCUCCUUCUUUGUAUUACACAGCAUCUCGACCUGGAAGAGGUAGUUUCACUACGUUCUGUAUCUCGCAAAUGGAACGAGACAUUUUCCAGCGCCGAAUUCUGUCUUGGGAUAAUAAAAAGGCACUUCCGACCCAUUUGGGAGGAGCAUUACAAUUUAAAUACCGACCGGAAACUUCUCGAGAAAGAAUCUCUCAUGAAAUGGCUACCUGGAGCGAUAAGAAACAGGAUCAGGAGGCAACAUGGUCGAUAUCAAUCAAUGUCGAUCUUGCCUCGAGACGGCCGUAUGACCUCGGACUGGUCCGACUGGCAGUACAAAAAUGGAAGGAUAGCCUACAGAGUCAGUCGCAGCGCCAUAUCUGUGAGAGAUAUUCGGACAAAUUUGACAGCCACAUAUAUGGACGGGAAUCGACUGAAUUUGGAAAGCUGGCACCUCUCUGAUGAGGUUUUAUUGGCUGCGAAGAAAGGCCCCAUUUCUCUCAGCGCAUGGCCGUUAGCUUAUCCCCAGACUAUGAGUCACGGCAGCAUAAGGCUUCCAGCACCAGCUGUACGGAUUUCAGCUCACAAGAAUCAGGUAGGCAUUGUUACCACAGCACACCAGGUCCUCAUUUGGUCCAUUGGAGGGGCUUUGAUAUCAGUGGAUACUUCAGCAGUACACGAAUACCUCCCAGGCUUCACCAUAAGACAAGGAUUGGUUGUGCUUCAUCCGCUCGAGCAGAGUUGUUUCUAUGUCAUCUACGAGGCUUGGCCAAAGCAUUUCACUAGCACCAAUGUGCAUACGCGCAGAGUCGUUGCACAAGAGUUCAUGGGAGGAAAGCCAACCAAGAUCAAAUUACUAGAUCUACAUCUAUCCAGAGCCGAAUCACUCGAUCUCACGGGACCUCUUCACGACGGCGUUGUCGGAAUCCACAAGAGCUUCCAAGCGCAACUUUCGACAACAUCCGAAUCGGAUACCGGUGAAUACCAAAGAAACGGCAGAUCAGGGCAGACCGAAACAAAUGACAUCCACCCUACAGUUUUCACGAUGGCGACCUUCGAUAUCUACCAGGGCAGAUUUGCCCUGGAGGAUUACUGCGUAUCACAUCACCAUUCCGAGGAAUUUCUGAGGUCGGCGUUCUAUUGGCGAAAUCAGGUAUUUGUACCGGUAUAUGGAAAGCCCUCAGAAGCCAAGAACCCAGUUGAACAGAAUUCGCUGAUCGCCAUAAAUCAACGAAAACCCUACACCGGUCGACAAAGCAUACCGUGUUACGGGUUCCAAGGCAGUCCGCUCCAUCUUAUCCCAGCCGGCAGCCAUAGUGAUAUUGCAUAUUACUGGACCGGAAACGUAGACUACGCAGUAGGCGAUGAAGAGAUCGAUCACAUUUAUGACGUGGGAAGUGGUAUUCCCAAUAUUAUCCAGAGAGACGAUGACUUUGUCGUUCUUAUGAAUUGGGGUGGAUGGACUGUAUGGUGUUUUGACAAGGGGAGGGGUGCAGCUGCCCGGAGUGACCUUGUUGAGAUUGCAACCACCACCUCUCCUAGUACUUCGUAUAGGAGAUAAGCUCAGCAGUUUAUACGCCCAUCUACGAUCUCCAGGCGGCGUGCUCGAGUCAACCUCGGAAAGCUCCGACACGCAGGUGCGAACGGAUCGAUCGCGGCC